UGAGGACUCGCGACCAUGGAGCUGAGAGUGGGGAACAAGUACCGCCUGGGGAGGAAGAUCGGGAGCGGCUCCUUUGGUGAUAUCUACCUGGGUGCAAACAUCGCUACAGGUGAGGAGGUCGCCAUCAAACUGGAAUGUGUGAAGACCAAACACCCGCAGUUACACAUCGAGAGCAAGUUCUACAAGAUGAUGCAGGGAGGAGUGGGUAUCCCCUCCAUUAAGUGGUGUGGUGCAGAGGGAGACUACAACGUGAUGGUGAUGGAGCUGCUCGGUCCGAGCCUCGAAGACCUCUUCAACUUCUGCUCCAGGAAGUUCAGCCUGAAGACGGUUCUGCUGCUGGCCGACCAGAUGAUCAGUCGCAUCGAGUACAUCCACUCCAAGAACUUCAUCCAUCGGGAUGUGAAGCCCGAUAACUUCCUGAUGGGACUCGGGAAAAAGGGAAACCUCGUCUACAUCAUCGACUUCGGCCUCGCCAAGAAGUACCGUGACGCCCGCACACACCAGCACAUCCCCUACAGGGAGAACAAGAACCUGACGGGCACGGCGCGCUACGCCUCCAUCAACACACACCUGGGGAUCGAGCAGUCCAGACGUGACGACCUGGAGUCUCUGGGUUACGUCCUCAUGUACUUCAACCUGGGCUCGCUCCCCUGGCAGGGCCUUAAAGCUGCAACCAAGAGACAGAAGUACGAGCGGAUCAGUGAGAAGAAGAUGUCCACGCCCAUCGAGGUCCUGUGCAAAGGCUAUCCCUCUGAGUUCUCAACAUACCUGAAUUUUUGCCGUUCACUGCGUUUCGAUGACAAGCCGGACUACUCGUACCUCCGGCAGCUUUUCAGGAAUCUGUUCCACCGCCAGGGCUUCUCCUACGACUACGUCUUCGACUGGAACAUGCUCAAAUUUGGGGCGAGUCGGACCGCUGAAGACGGCGAUCGGGAGAGGAGGCCGGGAGAAGACCGGGACGAGCGGAUUGCUGGAGUCCCUAGGGGGUCUGCAUCGCGGGGCCUCCCCCCAGGUCCAAACCCUGCAGCUGCCAACAGAGUCCGGAACGGACCGGAGCAGGCCGUCUCCAACCCGGCCUCCCGGGUGCAGCAGUCUGGGAACACGUCUCCUCGUGCAAUUUCUCGUGCAGAGAGAGAGAGGAAAGUGAGCAUGCGGCUCCACCGAGGAGCUCCCGCCAACGUGUCCUCCUCUGACCUCACAGCCCGCCACGACCAGUCGAGAAUCUCCACGUCACAGGUCAGCGUGCCGUUUGAACACAUGGGGAAAUAAAUCUCUGUGCAUGCACAACACCUGACAGGGCUGCAGACUUCACUCCUGGUUUCUCCGUUUGUCCUUUAUUUUGACCUUGUCUUAUGGAAAGAGGAUCGCCAUGGAAACGUGGAUCUUUGGAAACGGACACUUCUUCUUAAAGGAUCCAGAGAAGUACGUGAACGUGUCCGACCUGCACUCUUUUAUACUAACGCCUCUUUUUCUGAGCUGUGGCAUCCGCCACCACAAAAUAAACACCACCACAACCAGUGCAACAUUUUUACUCCGUGGUCGUUCAUGCCCGCUCCUCAGAACGUCCGCUCUUUUCAUCUGGAUCCACGUGAAGCAGAACGCUGUCGAGGACGGAGAAUGCUCUGCAGAAACGGCGUCCUCUACAAUCGGGCACGUUAUGCAUUUCCUUCCUUCAUCUUGUUGAGCAGCAGAAAGAGGACGACACAAGGCGAGGUAGAAGAGAGUAAGGAUGUUAAACUUCCAUAUGAUGCUGUUAAAUAUUCAGCAAUAUCCGACCCUUUUCUGAUACCAUGGCAACGAGAAUCCAAAACCUGGCGCCCGGUGACGAGCUUCUUGUUUUUAAUAACCACAAACUUCAGGUGAAAUCUGCACGCUCUCCAAACUGCAAAAACACUUUUUCAAUUUGUUUGUGCAAUGUAGAUCUCUCUCUCUCUCUCUCUCUCUCUCUGUCUCUCUCUCUCUGU